AUGUUUAUAGAAAUUGAGGAAACUGUGUGCUUCAUUGCUUCGUUCUUAUAUGGAAAGAUACCGAAGAGUAGUACCGAAUUGUUUAUUGAAACGCUGGCAAAUGGUCUGGUAGAUUGGUUUUACACUGGAUCGAGACAACUAAAAUCGUAUUCGCUGGCAAUGAACGUCGACGAGAACAUGGAGAAACAUAUUGAAGAAGCGGCCUCUUCCGCUUAUAUUUCGCGUUCUGAGCUUGCUGAAAUAUUGCCAGCGAAUUUACUGAUUGAAAUUUGUGUUGGUAGUGUGUAUGCAGUAAACACCGAAAGUGGACACGUGAAGUGCGUUUAUCCAAAACGAGAUUGCGUCACCGUAGGAUUUGUACUCGUUCUCAUUAAGUUGAAGCAAUUUCUUAUGUCAUCAGAGAUGAGCUAUUGCACUGGACAUUGUGCGCUCUGCCGACCAGUGGACACUCGGCGUCAUCUGCAUUUUCGUGUAGAGUUCGCCUAUCCGAGUGGAAAUGAGCUAGACGGACAAGCGUUCGUUAAACCAAAUUUCAAGGUGCAGCGCUGCGAGAAAGUCUACACAGCACAAACCUUCGCAGCCACUCGCUUCGGAUCGGCCAAAUUUAAAACGUACAAGUCAUCAGAUGGUUAUUACGAAGGCGAUAGUCAUCAUCCGUUCACAAUGCCGUCGAACUAUGGGUAUUCGAAACUGUUUGGUUUUCUGAAUGCGGUUUCUCGUGUGACGCCGAUGGUAGAGAAGAACGACAAAGACACUGACGCUCAAGGGGCGAUUGUGGAGUUUUCGGAAGAUGAGAAGGCACGACUUAUGAAGGAUACUCAAGGAGAAAGCACAGCUAAUGAGAUCGUGGACUAUAACGCACAUAGAGACAGUUGGUUCCCACUUGGAGCUUUCAUUCAUUCAAAUCGUUCGCGAGCUCUUUAG